UUGCAGGGGUUGGGCACCCAAACCCAAAGUUUGGCUCCAAAGUCCAGUUCUGUUGAUCACCCCAUAAGGUAUCUCUUCAACUGUCCUCUCUCCUUUGUCCCCAGGGCCCCAGUGGGCGUGCUGAGUCCCUCAACAACUCUGGCCUGGAUGCGAGGCAGCCUAGAGGGAAACACCGCGAAAGGGACAAAAAAGCUGUGGCACCGGGGACCCAGAGGGGAAGUGGUGACGAGGACGGAAGGCCAGACCUCCUCAUGCUCACUCAUCUGUGAGAAAGAGUAAAAGCAAGAGAAAGCCAACUUGGGUGGCUGAGAACAGGAGCUCUGACUGGGACCCAGGGCAGCUCCCAGACACACAACCACCAGGACUCCUCAGUGCCCGGCGGGGCCUGGAAGCUCAGCCACAGACCACAGUGUAAAGUCUUACACAUGCUUGGAAAGGAUGGAGACCCCAUCACAGUGGACCCAGUGAAAAAGCCUCGGUAGAAGCCAUCGCCAAUAGCUUUUUCCAAAGAGACUGGGACAGGGGAACCAGGCAGGGAGCUGGGUUUCCUGUUGCUCUCCGCAUCCUGUUGCAGUCGGAUGUUGUCUCGUUAGGCCCCCCAUCCAAAGGCCUGCGUUUCCUGCCCUUAUCUAAUUUGAACGAUACCACAGGCCAGUGGCCAGACCAGACCUGGGUGAAGCUCAGCAUGCCGGCAGCCACCACACCGGCCUCGCUCUUCUAGGCUGGACUCUGCGUGGGCAAAGGCUUCUUGACAAGCCCAGCAGGAGCCAAGGGACCCACCUCAUGGAGAGACGCUGGGUGAUGGAGGCAGCCAAUGGCUGUAAGGAUGGCUUGGAUUUAGACCCCAUGAAAGAGUACAUGGUCCUGAACAGUUCCCAAAGGAUAGCUGUUGCCGUGCUGUGCACCUCUCUUGCCCUGCUAAGUGCCCUGGAGAACCUGGCUGUGCUCUGCCUGAUCCUGUCCUCCCACCGGCUCCGCAGGAAGCCCUCAUACCUGUUCAUCAGCAGCUUGGCUGUGGCUGACUUCCUUGCCAGUGUGAUCUUUGCUUGCAACUUUGUGGAAUUCCAUGUCUUCCAUGACAUGGAUUCCAAGGCUGUCUUCCUACUGAAGAUUGGCAGCGUGACUAUGAACUUCACAGCCUCUGUAGGCAGUCUACUACUGACUGCCAUUGACCGCUACCUCUGUCUGUGCCAUCCACCUACAUACAAAAUCCUACUCACCCGUGGGAGGGCACUGGCAACCUUGGGCAUCAUGUGGGUCCUCUCAGCAUUGGUCUCCUACCUGCCCCUUAUGGGAUGGACUUGCUGCCCCAGUCCCUGCUCUGAGCUAUUCCCCCUGAUCCCCAAUGACUAUCUGCUGGGCUGGCUCCUGUUCAUUGCUUUCCUCUUCUCUGGCAUCAUCUACACAUAUGGGCAUGUCCUCUGGAAAGCCCAUCAGCAUGUAGCCAGCUUGGCUGAACACCAGGACAGGCAGAUGCCAGGAAUGGUGCGAAUGAGGCUUGAUGUGAGGUUGGCCAAGACCCUGGGGGUGGUGCUGGCCGUGCUUUUCAUAUGCUGGCUCCCGGUACUGGCCCUCAUGGUCUACAGUCUGACAACCACCCUAAGCGACCAGGUCAAGAAGGUCUUUGCCUUCUUCUCCUUGCUCUGCCUUGUCAACUCCAUGAUCAACCCCAUCAUCUAUGCCCUGCGGAGUGGGGAGAUCCGCUCUUCUGCCCACCACUGGCUGGCCCACUGGAGGAAACAUCUGAGGAGACUCGGACUUGAAGGAAACAAAGAAGUCCCAAGGUCCUCAGUCACUGAGACAGAGGCUGAUGUGAAAAUCACCCCGUGGUCUGAUUCUAGAGGACUAAACUGCUCUGAAUGCUGAUGAGUUUUCACAGUUUUAAACAAGCUGAGUCAGAGUCAUUUCACUCCCUGGAGGAGCAGCCUUGACUCUAUUGUCUUACUUGAUCCAGCCCCCAGAGGCUUGCACACUUACCCCUUUUCGCUGAUGACUGAUGGCACUGACUCUGGCAGGUAACCUGGCCAUACCUGUUUGCAUGCAGACUGUUGAAUACCUAAGCCCUGUGAGGAGUGGCAAAGUGGGCAAAAGGCUUGAGGAGGCUCAGUGCACGUUCAGGUUAGGAGAACCUCCCCUAACAAGAGGGCUUAGAGCUUGCAUCCUCCAGAGAGCGCGGGAGCCAGAUGGAGCCUUCAGACUCAGCAAUGAGGGACUCAGAGGACAUCUGAGAAGAUGAAUGGAUUAUUUUCCCAGGAUCUCAAGAUGUCAAAUGGGAUGGCUGGCCAACCCUGUUCUUGCUUGAUUGUUGGGACUUCCUUGGUUCUAAGGCUAUAAAAGACCCCACUCUCUGGUCACCCUUUCCUACUGAGGACCAAAAAAUUUGAUACAAUGAGGACCAAGGGUGUUGAUCCUACCUCUUUUAUAGGUAAUUGACAAGCCUCUAGUUCAAGGAAUCUUGUUAAUUAGGGCAAUGGCCCCACUUGACUCCCUGAUAAUCUCCACUCACAGCCACUGUGACCUCCUAGGUCCCUGGGAAAUACAAGGGAGGCUGGGACUGGCUGACACAGAAUUUUCAGAGAAUUUUGUGGUCCCUCUGAAGUCCUUCCACUGGAAGCAGGCAAUGGCUCAGUCUAACUCCAAGAAAAAGGAAGGCAUUCACUAAGAUUUUAUAAAACCCCAAAUAGUUCCCAGUUGCCCCUCAGUUCAGUUCCAUUGUCUGUUUGCAAGACAAGGUGCCCACUGUCCAUUCACUCAUGCACCCAUCUCACAAAUACAUGCCAACCUUUGUGCUAAGUCCUGGUUGUGCGCCAUAAAUUAGAUAGGUUCUGCCCCUGUCUAAUGGGGUUUACAUUCUACAUUUUGGUGGGAAGACAGCCACUAAAGAAGAUAAUUACUGGUGGUACAAUGAAGGAAAUCAUCAAGGUCAUGUGAUAGGGAUUAAUUGAGGCAACUUUAGGUACGGUAGACCUACUAUGUGCUCUGGUCAUAAUUGCCAGCUGGUCUUUAUUGAAUCUUUACUAUGUGCCACACACUGGGAUAAGUGCUUUCAAAUGAAGUAUUUUACUUAGUCUUCAGAAUAACCUGAAUAAGAGGGUCUUGGUACCUUCAUAUUUUUUUGAUAAGGAAACAUUCAAGAGGCAAAAAUCACUCG